CAACAACCCUGUUACUGAUAGUAUUUUUCCAGGGAUACAAUGUAUAUUAUGGAGCGUUUUAUAGCCUGUGAAUGUAGUAGACUGGGGGUUGGGUGGCACUGCCGGUCUCUCUCUCUCUCUCUCUCUCUCUCGCUCUCUCUACAGCACUCACACACACUCACACUAGGCAGUCAAGGCUUUUGCUUUAACAUGACCAGGGCCACGAUCAAAACAAGCCAUGCAUUUCCAUGCAAAACGUGCUUCCGACCCGCUCACGUUUUGCACCGUGGCUCGGUGAAAGCAAGCGAGGCACUGACUUCUUAUUUUCUACCGCCAAUGAACUAAUCUAGUUACAUUUGUGUGUGUGUGUGUGUGUGUGGUUUUUUUUUUUUUAAAGAGUAAAGCGCGAUACUAAGAGUAGAAAUGAAAGCCGAGUCCAGGCCUAACGUUGUUAGUAGUGCCGCUUUCUGCAGAUCCGGCUUUCACAAAUCGCCAAAAAGUGACUCCUCGCCUUCCCCUGUGAACGGAUACCGGAUGGUUUUGUCUUGACCGAGCCGUAAAUGGACGAAGCCAUGCCAACAUGAAUCACUCGUAUAAAGUGGGCGCCAAGGAUGGCUCGGAAUGCCGCCCGGGCCCGCAGUGUCCGCAGGUCACUUCCUGCGGGCUCCAGCACGGCGCGAAAAAGCACUCGUCGUCGUUUGGAUACAGCCAAAGGGAACCAUCGUCGAGCUACAGUCCGCUUAGGAGGCUGCAGGAUCUGACGGCUAUGGUGAGCAGGCCCGAUAUGAGCUUGCAGGACAGGGACUUCCACGGGCGGGCUAAGGCACACGUGCACGGCUCAGAGUUCGGUCUCGGCCUCGUCCAGUCGCCGCAGCCGUUCGUUCGCGGUGCUGAUGAUGGCGUGUUCAGAAACGUCCAGAAUCUGGACAGGAACGGAUUUUCCCCUGUGAGCUCGGACAGCCUGGAGCACAUCUCGCCGAUCCCUAACGGAUUCCUGCAUUUUGAGUCAAGCCUCUUUGACAGUGGGGACAGUAAGGACGACCAUGAGGAAGAGGAGCGUGUGGCGCCGUUCAAACCUUCAGCCAGGAAAUGCCAGAAAAGGGACUCUGCGAAUGUGAAGAGCUUCUCUGGUUCAGGGCUAAACUUAACCUUGAACAGACAUGAACGUUUUAACCCGGUUUCGAAAAGUACCCCACAGCCAGCACCAGACCCUUCUCCUAGUUCACCUUCGCUGCCCGUUGAUGUCAUGCUGAGGGAUUUUGACAGUUCGGAUGGCUACUCGGAUAGCGAUUGUGACCUUCCGAGCACGGAAAACUGCGCGUCGAUGUUCAACGUCGGCCGUUCUCAAAGGCCAAGCUCACCUAGCAGCACCUACUCAGAUCCUUCCGACAGCCCAAAGAAGAAGCCUCUUCCAGAAGUGAAGUUCACCGUGGGUGAUGUGGUGUGGGCCAAGUUUAACCGUAGGCCUUGGUGGCCCUGUCGCAUCUCCAUAGACCCCCUGAGUGAGAGCCACACCAGGAUGAAAGAGCCCAGCAGCAGGCCGUGUCGAAUGUAUUUCGUCCGGACGUUUGGGGAGAUCGUGGACCAAGCAUGGGUUUCUGGGAAAGCCACGUAUGCUUUCGAAGGAGGCCAGCAGUUUGAGAAACUUCCCGUGCGACAAGGCAGACAAAGAGACAAGGGUUACAAAUACAUGGUUCCAAAGCGCUUGAUGCCUCUGUGGAAAGCCAGUGUGCUGGAGGCAGAGGCAGCUCUGCCCGAGUAUCUCAGGAGUAAACUACAACUUCCCUCAGUCAGAGAGAUACACUGUCCUGUUACGGAGGAGAGGACGUGCACGUCUCCGGCCUUCCCCGACCUACAUCUGUCCUCACAGAGUCCGGUUUUCUCCAACGGGCACGAUCUUCCCGUCGUCGGCUCUCCCAAAAUGAAGGAGGGAAGCAAAAAGAAAUCGUCCGCUAAAAGGAAAAACCGCUCACUGCUGAAAAGUCCCGAUAAAAUCAAAGAUGAAUUGUUCUCCAAGCCGGCGUCGGGCCCCACGCCGGCCGUUCCCAAACCUCCCGCCGCUCCUACAAACGACCCGGCGUCUGACUCCAGGGAUUGCCCUUACUCCGACAUUGAUUCAGUUCCCAGGAUACUGUGUCCCAAACGCUCAGAAGAGCAACUCAAAGGGGGGUCGGAUAAAAAACUCUGCGCCGAACCAAAGGCAAGUGCAAGUAAAAAAGCGAAAAAAGUCCGCGACACAGAGAAAGAAGCGGCGUCUUCGACGAAACACAAGCCGAACAACAAGCCUGCAAUGAGAAAAAAAAGGUACGCCGCUUCUAACGGCAGGAACCUGUGUAGCACUUCCCCAGGAUUAUCAGACGGCACGUUUGAGAUGCACUCUUUCUACUUGCCGGCGAGUUGCGGCCUCAUGUCCCGAGCCCUCGCAAACUACGACGGAUCCGAAGGCAAGGGCGAUCUUGACUCUAGCCUCGAAUCCCGAUCGUCUUCCUCUGAUGAGCCCGAGUCGUUUUCUCCCACCCCGGACGUAUCGGAGAGCGCAGAACACCAAUGGCAAGUGAAAACAGAAACCGUAGGCGAUCCGACACACCCGAUGUCUCAGCGCUGCGGCGGCUCCUCCAACCCGACUUUGCUCAAGUUUACAAGAAUCCGGUCCCACAAGGAGGCCUUUCAGAACGGGUCUCAGCUAAAAAGUAGAGAUUUCACCUUCAGGCCUGCGGAAUUUCCAGUCGCCGGUUUAAAAAUCAAAAAAGAAUCGAGCCUUUCGUGUUCCUCCUCCUCCUCUGUUUCAUCCACAUCGCCUUCACCCUUGGAGGUUUUCCGCGAGCCUAAAGACCUCUCUUUACAUCCGCUGGUGAAAGACGAAUGUGGUUCGGACGAUCCCAACUCCAAGUACAAAUUCACCACCUACCUUAUGUUGCUGAAGGACUUGCACGACACCCGGGAGAAGGAGGGAAGGCCGCUGACGCUGCCUCCCACCUCUCCGUCCGCCCUUAUCAAACAGGAACCCUCACUCCUCCCGACGCAGCCCCACCCUGACCGCGCGACUCCCAACACGGUUCACAAGAACGACGGUCAGACUCCCGGGGUUCAGAACGGGCCGCAGAGGAAACCCACAAGCAGCCAGAAGCCGAACAGGUCUAAACCUAAGUCCACAGGAAAAAAGGAGGCUCAAAAACCUGACGGUGGGAACAGUUUGCUUCCUCUGGUUUCAGACCAUAAGAAACAGAACUCGCUAGAUGUGGUUGAUGCGAGAGCAGCGCCCAUUGAGAAGCUCUCAAAGUCCCAGUCAGAUUCUGGCCUCGAUAGCAGUGGGAAGGGCGCGAUGUCGGCGGUGGCACCGAAGAAGCGCUGGCAGACGUUCGACGCUGAGAUCGAGGACAGGACAAAGCCAAAGAAUAAUCAGAGCAGCGUGCUUGAGCAGGACAGGGUCGUGCCUCCUGCCAGACUCAACGGAGUGUUCGAAGAGAGCCACCGAAGCCCUCAGGUCAAUGCUACGGAGAGGAAGGAAAGCUCUGAGUGCAAAAGACUGCGGAAGCCGAGCAAGAGGCUGAUCGAGUGGAGCGAGGAGUAUGAGCAAAUCUUCAUUUCGAAGAAGAAAACUAGGAAAACCCCCGAGUCCUCCAAAGCAGCGUCCUCGAUUAAUAACACUAAUGUUGCCGAGCAGACCCUGAACCCCCCACAGGCUGACGGUGUGAGCUCGGCAGCAGGUCAGCCGCCGGACGACUGGACAACGGAACCGUCGCAGCUCGCUCUAGACCAAGCAGAUAGCGUUCUCCCUUCACCUCCUUCGUCAACGCCCCACGACGCCCCCACGGUCGAGGCAGAAUGGGUUGAAAAGAAAACGGCAUCUUCAGAAAGAAAACGGCCACGGAAGCCCACGAGUAAAGCGCUGGACUCUGCUUUCGAGGACGAGCUCCUCUGGAUCCCAAAGAAGAAGGAGUAUAAGCAGCAGGGACAGUGGUCAGAGGAAGCAGCCGUCAAAGAUGUUCAGAAAAACGAAGUUCCUGGAGACACUCUGUCCGGCCCCCCUUCUAAACCAGGUAUACCGCCCAGACCAGGUGACGCGCAGACGCCCGUAAAGCAGCCCGCGACGCCCAGCGUCUUCCAGAGCCGCACACCAGGAGAGAACCGCAGUCCGGCUGAGCCCAAAACAGACGAGAGGAAACCACACGACAACCCAGGACCUUUACACGCAGAGGUGUUUGGCGCAGCACCAAGUGACGACGUCGUCCAGGCCCGAGACUCGUUUUCUGCUGAAACGGCUCUGUCUAACAGUAAAAAGGUAUCGGAGAAAGGAGGAGGAGGAGGAGGAGGAGGCAGCGCCUCGCUGAAGGAGAACGUGUGUCAGGUGUGUGAGAAGACAGGUGAGUUGCUGCUGUGCGAGGGACAGUGCUGUGGGGCGUUUCACUUACAGUGUAUCGGCCUCAGCGAGACCCCCAAAGGACGCUUCAUCUGCCAGGAGUGCACUACCGGCGUGCACACGUGUUUUGUGUGUAAGAAACCGGGCGAGGACGUCCGGCGCUGCAUGAUCCCGGUGUGCGGGAAGUUCUACCACAUGGAGUGCAUAAUGAAAUUCACCCCCACGACACAACAGAACCGAGGCUUCCGCUGCUCUCUCCACGUCUGUCUGUCCUGCUACAUCACCAACCCUGCAAACCCCUCCAGCUCCAAGGGUCGCCUGACCCGCUGCGUGCGCUGUCCGGUGGCGUACCACGCGAAUGACUACUGCAUGGCCGCCGGAAGUGUUCCGCUGGCCAACAACAGCUUCCUGUGUCCCAACCAUUUCACCCCCCGCAAAGGCUGCAAGAACCACGAGCACAUCAACGUCAGCUGGUGUUUCGUCUGCUCCGAAGGGGGCAGUCUGCUGUGCUGCGAGUCCUGUCCGGCUGCCUUCCACCGCGAGUGUCUGAACAUCGACAUGCCCAAAGAGAGCUGGUACUGCAACGACUGCCGCGCAGGCAAGAAACCCCACUACAAGGACAUCCUGUGGGUGAAAGUGGGCCGCUACAGGUGGUGGCCGGCGGAGGUGACUCAACCCAAGAACGUCCCUGAGAACAUCUCGCGCAUGAGGCACGAGGUAGGCGAGUUCCCCGUGCACUUUUUUGGCUCCAAGGACUACGUGUGGACGUACCAGGCGCGCUGCUUUCCUUACAUGGAGGGCGACGCCCAGAACAAGGAGAAAAUGGGCAAAGGCACGGAUGCUGUCUACAAGAAAGCUUUAAACGAGGCUGCCGAGCGAUUCCGAGAGCUCCAGGCGGAGAAAGAGAUGAGGCAGCUUCAGGAAGACAGGAAGAACGACAAGAAGCCCCCGCCAUACAGACACAUUAAGGUGAACCGACCAGUAGGCAAGGUGCAGAUCGUGACCGCGGACCUGUCGGAGAUCCCGCGCUGUAACUGCAAGGCCACAGACGAGAACCCAUGCGGCAUGGACUCGGAGUGUAUCAACCGCAUGCUGAUGUACGAGUGCCACCCGCAGGUGUGUGCGGCAGGAGAGAGGUGCCAGAACCAGUGCUUUACCAAACGCGAAUACACGACGGUGGAGAUCUUCAGAACGCUGUCACGCGGCUGGGGGCUCCGUAGCAUCAACGACAUCAAGAAGGGCGCGUUUGUGAGCGAGUACGUGGGCGAGGUGAUCGACGAGGAGGAGUGUCGCGCCCGGAUCAGACACGCGCAGGAGAACGACAUCAGCAACUUCUACAUGCUCACGCUGGAUAAGGACCGCAUCAUUGACGCAGGGCCGAAGGGAAACCAGGCGCGCUUCAUGAACCACUGCUGCCAGCCCAACUGCGAGACUCAGAAAUGGACAGUGAACGGGGACACGCGAGUUGGGCUCUUCGCCCUCGUGGACGUCCCUGCAGGCGUGGAGCUCACCUUCAACUAUAACCUGGAGUGUCUGGGUAACGGCAAGACGGUGUGUAAAUGCGGAGCGCCGAACUGCAGCGGCUUCCUGGGCGUGCGACCGAAGAACCAGCCCCCGUCGGAGGACAAGGCCCGUAAAGGAAAGAAGAAGAUGUCCGCAAAGAGGAAGAGCCAGCUGCAGGUGGUGAAGGAGCGCGAGGACGAAUGUUUCUACUGCGGAGACGGCGGGCAAAUCAUCUCCUGUAAGAAGCCCGGCUGCCCCAAAGUUUACCACGCCGACUGUCUGAACCUGUCCAAGAGACCCGCAGGUCGAUGGGAGUGCCCGUGGCACCAGUGUAAUGAGUGUGGCAAGGAGGCGGCAUCGUUCUGCGAGAUGUGCCCCAGCUCGUACUGCAAGCAGCAUCGUGACGGCAUGCUCUUCAUCUCCAAGCUGGAUGGCAAGCUCUCGUGCAGCGAACACGACCCGUGUGGCCCCGACCCCCUGGAACCCGGUGAGAUUCGCGAGUACAUGCCUGCCUUAUCCCCGCCGCCCAACGCGACCAAGUGCAGGCUAACCUCGCCCACCGCUGAGCUCUACAUCCCUCCCGCCCCCAGGAGAACGCCCUACAGCAGCCGGCGACUGCCCUUUGACGACGAGGUCGUGUUGGACGAAGACCUGUUUUCUGCCUCUUCUCUGUCUAAAGGCGCGAAAGAUAACACGACGGCCGAGGUAGAGGACGGAGAGGUGGUGGAAGGGCUGAGCGGGGGCGAGGACGUGGGACUGGAGGUCAUAGGAGACGAAGAUGAGGACGGGGAGGUGGACUACGACGACGAUUUCGACGACGAGGACGAAGAGGAGGAUUAUGAAAAGUCAUGGUACAGGGACGAGGGGGAUGAUGAAAAUUGCGUAGACGAAGACUUUGACGCCGAAGGGUUAGAGGACGAGUCGUAUAGGGGGAAGUGAGCAAUUUGUGUGUACUAUCCAUCCAUCCAUCCAUCCAUCCAUCUAUCCAUCGAAACAUCAGUCACGCACUCGCUCGCUAGACGGCUAGACGGCGACCGAGAUAGGUGAAGCGAAGCGCCAUUUCUCUGUCAGUUACACUUUGUAGCCUGUAGGAACGAAGCAGGGAAUCUGAUCUCAGAUCCGGAGAUGCUCAGAGAUCAGCUGGGUGCGAAGCAACUCUUUUUCCACUCUAACGGACACGGGCGACGCACUGAGAUCGAGACCGAAGUCAGCUUGCCUUUUUACCCAAGUCCAUUUUAGACAAAUGGGACUGGAAAAAUACAGUGGUGCUGUGGACCUCUGGCUGUUCAGUCAGACGUCCAGUAUUGGGUGUAAACUUACUGUCUGGUGCUUCUUUGUGUUUCUUUUCGUUUCUUUUCGUCAUCUCCACCUACUGUUUACAUUUUUCUCUUCGGCAAACCACGGACAGGAUGGAAGACAUCUGGUAAGCUUGAAGUUCGGGCAGCGACACUUGUCAGGAUGACACCGCGUUUUUAAAGAACACGUGAAUUUUUCUUAAAAACGGACUUUUAAACGGUUAACACUGGUUCUGUUAACGUAGAUUGGUAUUUGGGUCAAAUUAGAUAACACAGUGCUAAAUACAUACGUGCGUGCGUGUGUAUGUGUGUGUGUGUGUGUGUGUGUGUGUGUGUGUGUGUGUACAGUUCUGGAUGAAAUGAAGAGACCACUGCUAAAUUAUCAGUAGGCAUGUGUUUGGGUAAAAUGAAUGAGCAUUUUCGUUUUAUUCUAUAACGUACUGACAAGAUUUCUCCCCGAGCCCAAAUGACAAAAUAUCGUCCUUUAGAGCAUUUAUUCGCAGAGAACGAUAACUGGUCAAAAAUAACAACAACGAAAAAGAUCGUCCGUGUUGUCGGACCUCGAGUAACGUAAAGAAAGGAAGUUCAUAUUCAUUUUUAAACAACGCAAGACUGAACGUCUUGACUUAGGAAGAGUUCAGAAAUCAGUAUUCGGUGGAAUAAUCACGGCUUCCGCGCGUCUCGGCAUGCUCUCCACUUUUCCCGUGUGCUUGUAGGCGUGCUUCUUCUUCUUCUUCACCACUUGUGGACCGACUAAAAGACGUGCGCGUAUUUGCUGCCCCCUUCAGGUCCGGAAGAAUCGCAACCUCGAAACCUCCAUUAGAAUCGGUUCACACGCUAGUGCAGAAAAACAAGUACCGUGACGUUUUAAGAACGUCGGUACCGACUCGGUACCGAAGUAUCGGUUCUCGUGACAUCCCUAGUACUAGCACUGUCCUUGACAUCCAGCCGGUCUUAUCGCAAGAGCAUAACGAUGACCACAGCAGUGGUUUUUAUACUUUUCCUCGUUAAAUAAGAUUUGGUUCAGGUGAUCGCCUAAUCGGUACGUCAUUCAGUAGAAUGAGGUGGGCCUGUGUUGGAUUUCAACAGACCUUGCGGUGAUAUGGCUGCCAAAUAUGUAGAGAUACUGAUUUUAGAAAAAUUUGCAGUGGUCUCUUAGUUAAUUUUUUCCAGAGAGAGAGAGAGAGAGAGAGAGAGAGAUAUUCAGAUUCUGAGUCUGUGAAAGUGAGCCUUGGCCCAGUCGUGGUUAUUUAAAGUGCACCUAUUAUGGUUUUUCAGAUAUUUCCUUUCAUGUAGUGUGUUCUAUACGUAGCUGUUUGUGAAUGUAAAACGUCUGCAAAGUUUCAAAAAUCAAAGCGCACGACAAACGGGGUUAUCGACUCCCAAACGAAGGAACCGAUUCUGAACAGCUGAAUCGAGUCGUUAGUGAUUCCAGACUUUACUUCCUGUACAGACCAGCGUAGGUUUGUAACAAAAAGCCCCGCCUCCGGUCUUCAUCGGCUGCUCGUUGACAGCGGCAGACCAAUCACGACAGACUGGGACGUCGGACCGAUCAGAGCAGAGUAUGCUCUCUGAAAGGAGAAGUCUAGAACGAAUCCUUUAGAACGAAUCAUUGAACGAAUCGUUUGUGACACCGGGGGGAAAAAAGUAAUGCUGCAGUUUAAAUUACGAGCACGUUAAAGUGUUUUUUGACCUCGUAUGCGUGUAAAUCUAUCGUAUGAGACGUUUAAAACAAAAUCGGGCACGUUUCAAAACCAUAAUAGGUGCGCUUUAAGGGUACCAGGUGGUACCAGGAACCGAGACACCGGUAGCCACCGCGCCACCCAGCCGAUUAGACGCCGUACUAAAUGAUAAUUCUCCACUUCAGAUUGUAUUUGAGAUGGAAUCAGGCGUUUCUCCUGCUUAGUUAGAAUGAAAACCCGCAGCCACAUGGGUGAAAUUCAGAUAAGACCCCUGACCCCUGAUCUCAGCGAUGCACUUUUGGAUAUUGACCAUGCUUUCGUAUAAUUAGUAGGCUGGUUCUGUGUGUCCCAUUCAGAAUUUGGUGACAAUAAAUUUAAUUAUAU